CUCUCUAUUUAUUUUCAAAAGAUCUAGUAAUCUUAUAUGGGAAUUAAGCACAAAUUAUAUAUGUUUUCUAGUAUAACCAGGACAAAAAUUCUAUUUCAGUUAGAAUUAAUUAAUCCAAUUUCCUUAAAACCCUAAAUACUCAAUCCCUCUAUAAAUACACAAUUAACGUUUCUCCAAAAUAUUAUCUUCUCUCUCUCUAAGAAGACGCCAAUCUCCUCUCUCUCUCUUUCAUCUCCUUCUCUCUCUAAGAAAACAAUGGCAUCUUCCUCAAGCACUGCAACCGAGAAGAAGAAGAUUAUCCUGGUGAGCUCCGACGGUCACACGUUCGAGAUCGAUGAGGAUGUUGCCGAACAUUCUCUGACCAUAAAAAACAUGAUCGAAGAUGGAUGCGCCGACAACCCUAUCCCUCUCCCUAACGUCGCUUCGGAGACUCUGGCCAAGGUUAUUGAGUACUGCAAGCGCCUCACUAAAGCCCCCGAUACAGGCGCCGCCGAUUCACCUACGCAAGAACCCGAAACCGAGUUCCCCACCCUUUUUGAACUCAUAUCGGCAGCAAACUACUUAAACAUCAAGAGCUUGCUCGACGACAAGUGUCAACGUGUAGCAGACCAGAUGAAGGGUAUGUCAGUAGAAGAGGUUCGCAAGUUAUUCAACAUUGAAAACGACUAUACUAAAGAGGAGGAAGACGAUGUUCGCAACGAGAAUCCCUGGGUUUUUGAGGAAAAUUGAAUAUGCUGCUCUUGAUCUUUUUCAUUUAGUUUAUUAAUUAGUUAAUCUCUAGUUUUUGACAUAUUUCCUACUUUAAUUUUGUUUGUUUUAAGUCGUUCUUUUGAAUAUCUACAUCAAUUAUAUAAGAUGAUUGUUGAUUAUUUACAACUCUUCUUGUUUGCCAUCUUCAUCCUCAUUCUUGUUUCAACAAAAAAUAAAUAUUCAAUUUUACUAUUUAAUUAAUUAUUUUUCAAGAGAUAUUUAGUAUUUAUUAUUCUAUUAUAAUAACUCGACAUUGUGAACCUGAG